CAGCAGACAAACGCAAGCCGCACGAUCGAAAGACGUGCUCCCACCGCGGUAGAGCUGCCGCGAGCUGCAUAUCUCACGAAUAACUACUGCUGGAACGCUUCUGCGCGAUUGCUGAUGGCGACAGCAGUGCGAGAUAUAGAGAGAGCAAAACCAGCCCUGCAGCACGGGCUCGACGACGCCCCCGCGUCACGUGCUAAGUAGCUGAGCAAAGCGACGCGCCGCACAAAAUGGGAAUAGCAGACCCGGACAUGCCCGAGCUCGAGGGCCAGCACCCUUUCGGCGCCGUGGCCGCAUGACGCUGUGUCUCGCGCGCUCGUCCCUCGUACAACACCAACCCCUUGUUCACAGGUCGAAGAAGCGACGAUCGCUGUGCCCGAGUCUGUCCGUAGCGCCACCGCGACGCCAGCCGAGGCUGCAGCCGCGGCGGCCGCCGCCACAAAGAUUGCGGCGAUAGCCCGCGGCGUCGGCGCGCGCGCCCGACGUCGUCACGCGCGCGCGCGUCGUCGACGGGCUGGUUCGGGCGUCGCGGCCCCCCAGCCCCUCGCGGACGCCGCUGAACAGUCCCUCACUGACAUCUCCGGGCUCGUGGAGGAUGUACACUACAUGCUCUUAUCUAGUGGCAUGACGGUGAGCGAUGUGGUCAAUCUCGUCGACUUAUCCUCCCGCAAUCACCACGCGAGAGACGAGCACGGCGAGAAUUUGUACUACGGCAGCGUCCUAUAGAGUACGCGCGAAAGUCGCCGACAUACGUUCCCCCGCAGGGUCUCCGACGUCUCGUAACAGCUAUAAGACCAUGGGCAUGACGCUUGUGGAUCUCUAGAUAUUAAAGGAGAGGACGGUACUGAAACCAUCGAGGCGAGGGCCGGAAGCCCUCAGCUGUAGACCGCCGCCGUGUACUCGUGUUCUGGGACUCGCUGCCGCGUCGAAGGCGUCCUCGUGGACCAGUAAAGCGGGAGUCAGCGACGUACGUUGGCUGCGGCGGGGGGCGGAAACUGUACGGGAUCUGUUCUCCCGACCUAGCAGCCCCUCGGCGACCUACCGUGCCGGCGACGCUCUUUUCAGCACGCGCCGACGACGUGCGGGACGGCGUUGCCUCACGCCAUCGACCAGACGCGGCGACGGGGACGACGUCGCGUCGAUGGCGCGGGAGGCCAACGCGAAGGGACCGCGACGUUCUGGCGCGGAAACACUCUGAAAAGCGGUACUUCCGACGGUAUUGGAAGAGUAGGACGGCGCCGGCGUGGGCGGGAGCGACUGUGAUGCGGCGGCGCCGACUGCCUUCCAGCUAUCGAUACAAGCGCGCCGCGCUCGGCCGGGACGACGCGGCGGCCGUGACACGUCCGGUGCAACGGUCACGUGUUCGCCUUGCAGCUAGGGCACCCUUAAUGUUCGUGGAUUGUA